AUGUCGUCUACUGAAGAGGACGAUGCGCAACUUCCUUCCUCUCCGCCACUCCAAUCAGCUCAGCAAGCGGCUGACCAACUCUCCGCGGAGAAUGAAGAAAUUGACUUGGCAAGCGACUACCUGUCUGAUGCGCCAUCCGAUCACAAGCCUGACAUACAGCAAUCGUCCCAAAGAGGUUUUAGCGUUGGGGACGGUUCUGGAGCCUACCAACCUGUUGCAGAAGACGAGCGUCAGGACUUCUUGGACGAGGGUUCUCAGGACUCCACAUCUCUGCCGUCCCGCGCAAACAAAUUCCGUGGACCGUCCUCGACUUGGCGGAAUGGGACUGCUCCGGAGAGGGACCUAGCAGCCAGUCUUGAUCAACUGCAAGCAAAGGAUCUUAGCAUCCAUCUGUACAACUCUUUCAAGCUUCGACAGAGGAGUCGCACUCGGGAUCUAGGCCGGCGAGUUCGAACCUCAGAAGAUUUGAGGGAAGCCAGUGAAGGGUCAAAAUGGAUCCCACCCAACGUUUGGACUGCUUGGCCUUUACCGCCUGGUAUUGUUCCGAGAGAGCAUGACGAAAGGCGCUGGGAAGAAGACGCUGUUCCUUCCGAGCUGCACCACAUUAAACCAAAGAGACCAGGUCAGCAUCUACAGGAAAUGCUCGUUGCUCAAGUCUUAAGGAAAGCUAAAGGACGGUUUCAUGAUCGGCUGUGGGAGGGUGAGCCACAAUCGGCGACGAUUACUACAUCUCAAGGACUUCAGUAUCAAGGCCGGGGAAGGGAUUCCAACGGGAAAUUCAGUGCCAAAGAAGACCAUGAGAUCCCCGACCAGAAGCCCGUCGUCAUGGCUGAUGACCAACAAGCAAGCGAGAUACUACAGGCGACAGUACAGCACAUGAUGACCAAGCUGGAUGAUCUACUCAUGGGACUGCAUCAUGCUAGGAGUACCUAUCUACUUGUUGAGGACUCUGACAUUGAGUCUCAGAGCCAAACAAGCGAGCGGUCAACAUCGAGAGGCAGGCCUCCGAAAAGGAAGCGGGAAGCAUCAAAACCUGAUGAAGACGCAGGAGCAAGUCAUGACACGCCAAACCAUCCUGGCUCCGACUCCGACUCCGACCAUUACCGUCCUAGCAGAAAGAAAUCUGGCUCGAAAGGCAAAGUUCUACCCACCAGGUCUUCUUCGCGCAGAUCGCGGAGUCAGAAUUUUCGUGACCGUAAGGGGCGUCUAGGUCUUCGAGAUUGGAGCGAUGUGCUGGGCGUUGCUUCUAUGACUGGUUGGCACCAGAACCUGGUGGGCAGUGCUACUGCCCGAUGUGCCACGCUUUUUGGGGAAGGUAUCAAGUUCAGAACUCUUCAGGAGGGUAAGGAGGUUCACGAAGAGCACUUGUAUCUACCAGAUGCUUCUCCCAUUGUCUCUGGUGAGAGUAGGCAGAGUAACACUUGCCGAGCAGGAGAAGGCUCCAGCAACAGGUUUGAGGGUGUAAUGACGUGGGUGGACACAGAGGACACCAACUCACCGCCGGAAAAUUUCGCUUCAGAUAUGGAUGUGGACAUGGACGAAGUAGACCCUUUGCCUGCAGGCUUUGUCCGCCGAAACCCCAACCCUAUCAACUUAGAGGACGACAGCGGCAACGACAGCGAUGACACACUCCUUGGUGACGAGAUUGUUGAACGAGUCGUACCGCCAGUAUCCGAGGCUCGUCGAAAUCGACGUCAAGCCAGAAUUCAGGCUGCGAGAUUCCGGGAGUUACAGACGUAUACGCAGAACGGCCGUACUUUCGAGGUCGGCAGAACGAUUCAGAGACAAGACGGCAACUUCCGCCGCAUUACUUCGAUCAAACAAAAUCGCAGGUCCGGUGCGAUUACGAUCGAGAGCUUCCUGGACAAUCAUAGAGUACUACAGACACUUAGCUACAACGGACAGACCUUGAAGCCCGGCAAGACCGUUGAGAUGGCGGAUGGAGCUUUUCUUAGGAUCAGAGCCCUGUUAGAAGAUUGCAGAACAGGUGAGGUCCUCUUAAAAGGCUUUCGGUUCCAAAGGAAUAAGUCCUUGGAGGGGGUCCUUGAGUUUAGGAAGAACGAAGUCACCAUGAUGGCAAAUUAUGAUCCAAACGAUUCCCGAGACAUUGCUGAACAGAGUAUCGAAACCAUCAACCUUGCUGCCGUGGUCAAAAUUCGCGAACUCAUCAAAACCAAUCAGCAGUUCCCCGCUCUAAGCUUUCGCGAAACUGAUCCGGAGAGCCUCAGCUUGAGCAAAGAGUACAUGAAUGACCACUGUCGACUAGUCUGUCGGUGGAACUAUGUGAAGAUCAACAAGAAUGAGGGAUUCUUGAGAAGGAUGACCGACGUUGAGUCAGAUGAAGGAUGCGCUAUUUCGCAGUGUCAGUUGAGAGACGAUUAUCGAGGGCUUACAACCAAGGGAGGAGAUUGCGCAAGAUGGCUUGACACAGAAGAAGCUUUUGAUGGUACGGAGCGGAUGAGAUGUUUCUUCAUCGAUCCCUUGGGAUUUCACACUCCAAACCGUUCGACUGACAUACCCGAGAAUCGAGAACGACGACGACGAUACACUUUCGGAGAUGGAUUCUGUGGUGGUGGCGGAGCUUCACGAGGAGCCUAUGGUGCAGGGCUCCGCGUUGAAUGGGGCUUCGAUCACGACCCUCAUGCCAUCGCUGCCUACCAUGCAAACUUUCCUCAUGCUCGCUGUGACGGCAUCGCAGCAAGCGACUUUGCCACCGCCAUCAACGAAGAGUACAAGGUCGAUAUCCUCCAUCUAUCCCCCCCAUGCCAGACGUUCUCACCUGCACACACUCGGCCGGGACCGAAUGAUGAAGGGAAUGAGGCAACGUUCCUGGCCACCGAGGAGUUGCUCAAGAAGACACGGCCACGAAUCGUGACAUUAGAAGAGACCUUUGGCCUAACUCGCACUCUGGUCAACGUUGAAUGGUUCAACACCAUGAUUCAAAUGUUCAGCAAGCUUGGCUUCAGCGUCCGGUGGAAAGUCUUCAAUCUUCUGGACUUUGGCUUACCACAGCCUAGGAGGAGGCUAAUCCUCUUCGCAUCCUGGUAA